GCAAAAAUAACAAAAAAAUAUCCGCAUAUAUGUUAGGAAGAGGAAGAGAAAGCAGACGAGAAUCUAUUGUAAAGCCACACCAAAUCUGAAGCAAAACAACAACAAGAGCAACACAAGUGAACCAGUUAACAGUUAUGAGAGAGAAAGACCACUCACCAAGAAAGAUGCUUCCUAGCCCAAAACAGGGCUGUGUUUACCCUGCCUUAGGAUUAAUACCCACAUCGUAUAUAUCACAUGUACCUUAUGAUCUGUCCGCCUCGACGACGGCGGCCAUAGCCACCAGCAGCAUGACGACAACAGCAGCAGCGCGACACCAACACCAGCAACACCAACAGCAACAGCAACAACAGCAACAACAAUCACAUCAUGGCAACAAGGCGAAGCGACGCAGCAGCUACGAUCAGCCGCUGGACCUGCGAUUGGCCCACAAGCGACGGCAGCCCGUCAAGCUGCAGGAGGAGGAGGAGGAGACGCUGGAGCAGCAGCCGCUGGAGGAUGAGAACAGCAAUCUGAUCCUCUUUGCCAACGAGCUGGCGGUGCAGCGCAAGGAGAAGGAGCUGAACAACAAUCACAUAGCCGCCUCGCUGGCCGACCUGGGCUUCGACAUGAGCCGCAAGAUGCUGCGUGCGCUGCGCGAGGGCGUCACCACGUCGCCCCCAGCGCCAGCGCCCAAUGCCAUUGUCGCUGCUGGCGUGCACUCGACGCUGCUGGAGGCGAUGACCAAGACGCUGCCGCUACAGUAUCGCAAUGUGUUCGCGCCGCCGACGGGCGCGCCAACGGGCGCGACAUGUCCGACGACGCCGGAGUUUGCGUUUCGCCAUCCGCUCAAGAAGAGCGAUCUGAGCUGGCCGCCCAGCGAGCAGCAACAGCAUCAGCAUCAGCUGAAGCUGGAACAACUCAAGCUGGACUUGCCCACGGCCACGACUACACCUACGCCGCAUCCCCAUCCGCAUCCGCAUCCGCAGCUGCAGGAAUUCCAAUCGCGGCAGCAUUCGCGCAAGGCCAAGCAGCGGCAGGCACAGUCCCAAUCCCAGGCCCAGCCCCAAGCUGCUGCGGUGGCCGGAGGCAACUCCCUGCCCGUGCAGCGCAACAAGGAUCGCUACACGUGCAAGUUCUGCGGCAAGGUCUUUCCGCGCUCCGCCAAUCUCACCCGGCAC